CGAGUCGCGCCCCGGGCCACGGAAACGAGAGCCUGCGUCGUGCGAAGCCGGUGGCGUGGUGCGGUUCGCUGCAUGCUUAUAGCGCAACCGCUUUUGCUUCGCAGGAGCAGAGGAGCAGCAGGCAGCAGUGGAAAAGGUGAAGCCGUGAAGGAAAACAAACCCUGCUAUGGGUGCAUCUAACAGCCGGCAUGUAUCAACAACUGGAGGAGAAAAUGUCAGAAUCAAGUUCGCAGUAUCAUCUGUGCAGGGUCAGAAUGAUAAGAUGGAUGAUGCUUAUGCACUUGUCCCAGAUCUAGACCAUGCCACAUCUUUCUUUGGUCUUUAUGAUGGCCAUUCAGGACCUGAUGUAGCACUGCUUUGUGCGAGACUGUUUCAUAUUGAGCUUCGCGUCCAUCCAAACUAUGAGACCAAUCUAAAUAAUGCAAUGAGGAGUGUGUUUUCCAGAAUGGAUGAGCUGUUGCAACAAUCAAAUGAAUGGAUGGAAUUAGUUAUUCCUGCUGCUAGUAGAAAUUGGAUAAGGCGUCUCAUAAAAGCUAUUGUUAUUGACACUUUGCACUGCAAAUGGGGAUAUAUACCACCACAAAAUUUAGGAUGCUCAGCAACUGUAGCUGUUGCUAGAGGCAGCCGAGUGACUGUUGGAAAUGUUGGAAGUUGUCGUUGUGUAGCCUCAAGGAAUGGUCAGGCAAUUCAGCUAUCCACCGAUCACAUACCAAGGAAUCGGGGUGAAAGACGGAGAAUUCAAAGAGCAGGAGGAACGUUAGAAUUGGAUAAGUACGUUGCGGUGGAAGCAUUACGAGGGCCUGGCUACAGGGCAUAUCGAGGAAUCUUAGCCACCUCCAGAGCGAUUGGUAGUUUUGUAUUCAAGCAGAACAAGAAUUUGCCUCCUGAAGAACAAUUGGUGAUAUGCAAUCCAGAUAUUCACUCUAUGGAGAUAACUGAUGAUGUCGAGUUUCUUGUCAUAGCAAAUUGUGGUGUAUGGUUAUAUAUGACAUCUCAGGGUGUGGUUGAUUUUGUACACGAACAGUUGGGAUCCGGGGAGACCGACCUGCGCGUCAUCUGCCAGAGGCUCGUGCGCCGCGUACAGCCGGCGCGUCCCGACGCGACCGCGAUGCUGAUCCAGUUCAAGCAUGCCGCCCCCGACGCCGCCGAGGGGAGCGAGGACAGCGACGACCAGGAGAUCAAGUCUGAUGCUGGUGAUGAGGGGCAGCAGCCCUCCGCUCCGGAUCGCGAGACGGUAUCAAGAGCGCUCGAGUUCGUGAGAAGCAAGCAGAGAGAGCACAAGGGGGAAAAUCUUAGCGGCGCUACUGCACAGAGUUCUUCCUUGAGAAGAAGAAUGCCCUCCUAGGAUCUUGCAGGUUUUGCUACAGACAGUGCUGGUGAAGUUUUUACGCUUGGUCGAAGACAGAGAGAGUUAGGCCCACUGGUUUUAUGCUAAUGCGUAGGAUGAUAACGUCUUAGUGCCCUUCAAUUUUUCUCAUACUCGAGAAGCGUCUUCUGCUGUGAUGGGUACGUUGCAGAGCAGAUUUUGCUUGCUGUUCUGAAUUCUGCUGUUGGAUCUUGAAGGUUCUUAAACGAGUUGAUGCUAGCACACGUUUGCAGUAUGUUCUGGUAUCUCUGAACCGAGUUACUGGUAAUUUUGAUGGUCAUUGUGAA